CCAGCUCUGUGCAGCCGCUACUGCGCAUGUUGCAUGACAGGUAGCACGCAAGCCUCCAUCUUGGGCUUCCCGAGCUGAGGCGAAAGAGCAGCAGCCAUAUAUAUACACACACACAGUGAUUCCAAAAUAACAACAAACCGGGCGAGGUAAUAAAAAAAAAAAAACUUGGCAUUUUGCCGAGAUGUAACUUUUCAACAAAUUCAUUCAAUACAUUUCUUCAGUGGAGAAAGCGGAGAACAGAAUGGGAAAGAAAGACAGCGUAUGGUCUAGAAGGCUCUGUUAACAACUGCACUGUCAGCUUUACCGGGUCUAGUUUUCGAAGGAAUUGACAGGUGACAAAUCCAAACGGCUCAUUUUACACCAGAAUGUGCAUUAAGAAGCUCGCCAUCUUGCUCCUGGUCCUCGCUCUUUGUGUAGAGGGAGGAUCUGCCAAAGAAAAAGGAACAAAGAAGGGAAAGAAAAAAGGGAAGCAGGUUUACUGCCCAUCACAGCUGUCAUCUGAGGAUUUGGCCCGAGUCCCAGAAAAUUCAACCAGUAACAUCUUGAACAGGUUACUGAUCACCUAUGAUCCCAGAAUAAGGCCCAACUUCAAAGGAAUUCCUGUGGAAGACAGAGUGAACAUUUUCAUCAACAGUUUUGGCUCCAUCCAAGAAACAACCAUGGAUUACAGAGUCAACAUCUUCCUGCGGCAGCGCUGGAACGACCCCAGGCUGAAGCUACCGCAGGACUUCAAGUCGGAUUCUCUCACUGUCGAUCCAAAGAUGUUCAAAUGUCUUUGGAAACCUGACCUGUUCUUCGCUAACGAGAAGAGUGCCAACUUUCAUGACGUUACUCAGGAGAACAUUCUUCUUUUCAUUUUCCGUAACGGGGACGUCCUCAUCAGUAUGAGGUUGUCCGUCACCCUUUCCUGUCCGCUAGAUCUGACAUUGUUCCCUAUGGACACACAGAGGUGUAAGAUGCAACUUGAAAGCUUUGGCUAUACCACAGACGACCUGCGGUUUAUGUGGCAGACCGGAGACCCAGUGCAAAUGGACACCAUCGCUCUGCCACAGUUUGAUAUCAGACAAGAAGAUAUUGAUUAUGGGAACUGUACCAAAUUCUAUUCUGGAACAGGGUACUACACCUGUGUAGAGGUUAUCUUCACCCUAAGGAGACAGGUUGGCUUCUAUAUGAUGGGUGUUUACGCCCCCACGCUGCUCAUCGUAGUCCUCUCAUGGCUGUCCUUCUGGAUCAACCCUGAUGCGAGUGCUGCCAGGGUGCCUUUGGGCAUCCUCUCGGUGCUCUCUCUGUCCUCGGAGUGCACCUCCCUGGCAUCGGAGCUGCCCAAAGUGUCCUACGUCAAGGCCAUAGACAUCUGGCUCAUCGCUUGCCUGCUGUUUGGUUUCGCCUCGCUGGUGGAGUACGCUGUGGUUCAAGUGAUGCUCAAUAGCCCAAAGCGCAUUGAAGCAGAGAAGGCCAAGAUGGCAUCCAAGGAGAAGGCUGCAGGGAAGAGCCCCACUGCCAAGAACAACACGGUCAACGGGACCGGAGGGACGCCGCUGCAUGUCAGCACCUUGCACGUGGCGGAGACUCGCUGUAAGAAGGUGUGCACCUCUAAAUCAGACCUGCGGACCAACGACUUCAGCAUCGUGGGCUCGCUCCCGCGGGACUUUGAGCUGUCAAACUUUGACUGCUACGGCAAGCCCAUCGAUAUCGCCAGUGCUCACGGCAAAUCCCAUGCCAAGAACAACAAGAAACCUCCUCCCCCGAAACCAGUCAUCCCCUCUGCUGCCAAAAGGGUUGACCUGUACGCCCGAGCCCUCUUCCCUUUCUCCUUUCUCUUCUUUAACGUGGUUUAUUGGUCCGUAUACUUGUGAUUAUUUUGUAAUUAUCUUGUGAUGUUCACCCCCCCCCACUUCCCUCCCGUGAGUGCUUUAUUAAUCGGAUUACAUUCAAAAGGUUUAAUUCCAAAGUUACCAUUGAGUGUGUUUACAUGCAAACUAUUAUCCUGGUUUUGAGUCUUAUCCUGAAAACUCUGGUUAUUCAUAUCCCUGUAUACAUGAUCACUACAGAAGCCAGGUUUCUAAUCGUCUGUCUGCAGGCGUGCUCACCAUUUUACCCACUACCUUUGGCACUAACAAAUAAUCUUCAUUAACCUGGAUAAGAUGAUAAAAUGCCAAGGUAUCCUGGUUUCUAUCAAAGUACUCCAGCUAGCAUAUCCAGGUUUCUAUAACUAGGAUAUGAUGUUUACAUGUGCGACAGAUAACCGGGAUACUCCAAAACCAGAUCAUAGCGAGAAUGAGCAUGUAAACGCACUCAUAGAGAAAUGUCAAUCAUACCCAUACAAAAUAAUCUUAGGAAGAAAAUAAAAUGUCUAUGUAUAAUUAUUAUUGUUAUUAUCACAUUUAUAUUGACAUAACAAUACAAAAAUCAACACCAAUCAUAGUUUUUGUGUUGAACACAAUUUUAACCUAAUCUUUCUUUACGUAAAAUUUAUAUAUAUAGAAUCUUGUACUGAAACACUUAAUUUAUUGUUAAUUGUACUUUAGAGGUUAAUACAGGAUUUGGGGUUAAUACAGGGUUAAUACAGAUAUAACCCACGGAAGAUUGAAUUCGUAACAACCGACCGGAAGAUGCACAGAUCUAUAAAAGAGCAUUUGUAAAUAGCUAUUUGAUUUUUCACUUCCUUGCCAAGUGGGAGUCUGCCUGCAAGUUUAAUAAGUUAAAUCCUUUUAUUUAAGCUUUAAUGCGAAAUGUAACAGUGUAAUUAAUUGCAUGUUAAAAGAAAUUGCAUGUUUAUCAAAGUAAAAUCUUUAAAAAAAACAUGUAUAUAUAUAUAAAGUUAUAUAUAUAUACAUAUAAGUAUUUAUAAAAAGUUAUUAUUCUUAUUAUUUGCUCUUGAGGAGAUAAAUGGAUAUGUGAAACACUGUUCCUGUUCAGAUGGUUAUGUAACACUGCCACCUUUCCAACAAAUGUACUGUCUGACAUUACCCAACUGUAGCGUGUGUAAAUGGGUCACUAUAAUCUGUGACCAUGUGUUUGUGAAGUUUACAAGCAAAGACAAAUGAAUCCAUUGACUUUUCACCAUCUGAUGUAAUUAAAAAUCAACACAGAUUUGAAUUCCUAAA